AUGAAGCUCGCCGUGAUCGCCGUCGCGCUCCUCCUCCCUCUCGUCGCCGGCGUCGCCGAUUUCGACUUCUUCUACCUCGUCCAGCAGUGGCCUGGCUCGUUCUGCGACACGCAGACGGGAUGCUGCUUCCCAGACACCGGCAAGCCGGCGCCGGAGUUCGGCAUCCACGGGCUAUGGCCCAACUACGCCAAGUGCCGCGCCGCCGGACCCGAGCUCGUCGAGGACGUGGCGAUGGUGGUCGACGGCACCACGGCGGCCGUCGACGCCGUCGAGCGGCGGCAGAAGUGCUGGCCGGAGAACUGCGACGACCGCAACCCGCUGAAGCCGUGGGAGAUCAAGGACCUGGUGGCGGAGCUCGACGCGAACUGGCCGACGCUGUCGUGCAAGAGCGGCCGGAGCAUGGAGUUCUGGAGCUACGAGUGGAAGAAGCACGGCACCUGCUCCGGCAUGGGCCAGCACGAGUACUUCGCGGCGGCGCUGGAGCUCAAGAAGCGGCACAGCCUCGCCGCCAUCCUCGCCGACGCCGGCGUCGUGCCGUCCGACAACGAGAGCUACUUCCUCAGCAGCAUCCGCGACGCCAUCGCCGGCGCGACGGGGGCGGUGCCCAACCUCGAGUGCAACCGCGACGCGUCCGGCGAGACGCAGCUGUUCCAGGUGUACCAGUGCGUCGACCGCUCCGCGAAGAAGCUCGUCGACUGCCAGCUCCCCAUGCAGGGCAAGUGCCGCGACAGGGUCAAGCUGCCCACGUUCUAGCUAGCUCGCCGGCGACGUUCGUUCUAGCUCGCCGGAGUUUGGCCGGCCGGCUGGUCUCUGACGAUGGACGUUACGUGCGUUUGUGUCGUCGCGUUGUAUGUGGUUUCAGGUACACGAAGUUCGAGGAUUUGUGCAGUUGGAUUCCUGCACAUGUACGUUACGUUACACUUGGCAUUAUUAUUCCUGAGAGAUUUGCUUCAGUUGAAUAACAGGAGUUUUAUCA